CUUCACUUGAUGUCUUCGCUUUCCUAGAUUUCAUCGCAUCGAAAUUGAAACUUUGAUCGUCGUGCUACCAAGGCUGUCAAAAUGGCGGAAGCCUUGUCAGUGGUUGGUGCUGUCGCGUCAGUCAUCCAGCUGGUAGAUUUCACUACCAAAGUCUUCGAGCGAGUGAACCAGUAUAUUCGCCGUGCGGAUGAAGCUCCGGAAACCCUGCGUGAUAUUGGAAUCCACUUACCACUUUUCAUCGACGCAUUGCGUCGGAUCCAAUUCCAUAUCAACUUUGGCCACUUCAAUCCACAAACCUCAUCCGCGCUAAAGAUCUUGAUCGAUGAAUGUUAUUCGCAAAUGAUUGUGCUUGAUGAUCUUAUGACAAAAUUGGCGCCUAAACAGGGUGAAUCAAAACUGACUAAGACUCGAAAGGCGAUUCUCAGCUUGAAAGACGAAAAGACCUUGGAGAGGAUCUUCUCCAAAGUUUCGGGAUAUAUCAAGAUGCUACUGUUGUAUCAGAAUUCCGUUACUGCAACUCAUACAAUGGUCAACACCAAAUUAGUGCUGAAACAACUUGAAAAUGCGUCCUGCUCGGAAACAACGAUGAGCAUAGACUGUGUUCCCACGACCGGAGACUCAAGAAGCCUGUCAACUGAAAACAGCGCACCACAUGUGGCUUCAAAAAGUCUCGCCAACUACUUCAGGCAGAAAAAGCAACGACGAUUAUCAUAUUUUAUGGGACUGGCCAGGUUUGGCUUUUACUGGGCCUUCCAGGCAGACCUGGAUCUCUCCUGGGGAAAUUAUGGCUUCUCUAUCAGCCCUAGCCUUCAUUUCCAACGGCUGGUGAAGAACACUUCGCCAGGAUUCCAGUUGGUGUACAAAUGUUGUUUUGACCAACUUGACAUUCAAACAGCAUGUCAAGAGCUCUUCAAUCUAUUUCAAAGAGGGGUCAUCUCGCCGUGGGAUACCUUCCCUGACGGAACGACGUGGCUCGAGAGACUUUUGAAGAAUCAUGUGAUAGAGGAGACCACUAUCGCUGAGUUUUUCAUAACUCUAUGUAAAUGUGGCGCACCAACAAGAAACAAAACACCACUUCUAUCGCUUGUCGCUGGAUUAAGCCGCGGAAUACGCUUAAAAAUAUUGAAAGAAUUACUCGCAUCGGGAUACGAUUGCUCUUUGGACACUACGUACACGGAUAUUUGGGACCUUGGGCGAUUCAGCGACCGUCGUAAACUCCUUCGGAGUUCGUUCUAUCAAGACGGCGACGAAAGCGAGCCUUUCAUCCUUAAAUUUCUUGUGGAAUGUUCCAAAAAUGCUUUCGGAGUUUGGGGCCAGACUCUCCUGAUGGACAGUAUUCUAUGUGGGUCUAGGACCAAAAUUUCAAAGCUCUCGGAAAAGCUUUUGGAGCAUCCGGAAUGUCUUAAGGCAAAGAAUUCUCUCGGCCAGACAGUCUUUCAUCUCGCUGUUCUGCGGCCAGAUGUACUCUCGCUGCUAAUAAAGGCAUGUUCCGACUUUGGUGUUCCCGACUUCAAUGCAACCGACUCUUGGGGCAACAGCCCUCUACAUUAUGCUGCAGCUUAUGGAUGCACCGAGUCAGUAAUAAGUCUGCUCAGGACCGGAGCAAAUGUCUUGGAAGAGGGGCAUCUAGAGUUUAUACUAUCGGCUUUGUUUUGGAACCACUGGGAUGUGGCAGUCGAAGCUCUAACAUUUCUUCGUGCAACCUCGCGUACCUUCGAGGCAUCCAUGCAAAUUGAACUGCGUUAUCUCAUGACUGAGCUACUUGAUGGUUCAGUUACAAGUCGGUUGCGGGAACUUUACUGGAGAAGGUCCUCCGAGCUCCUUGAAAAGAUCUUUAGCCUGGGCGUUGACAAGCACAUGCUAUUUGAAGACGGCAAGACUUUAUUGCAUUAUGCUCCAGACCCAGAGUGGAUAGAUUAUUUGUUCGAUUCAGGAUUUCAAACUCUUGAUCAUAGCGACAGUGAAGGCGAUACUGCUUUGAUGACAUUCAUCCCGGAUCGGACUGGUCGCGUGGGUAAAAUUUUGGCCCGAGGAUGUAAUUUUGAUCAACGAAACAACAGAGGCGAAACAGCAUUGCAGAUGGCAUGCGCGCGAGGAAAUUUCGAUUUGAUUUAUGCUUCGACUGACGAUGAGGCUUAUCUCAACUCGGCUGCUCUCGAAUUAAUAUCGAUGGAUCUUGCGGUCAUAGCCGAACUUCUUCACCAAGGCGCAGAUACUUCGAUUCGUGACAAUUGUCGCUGCCCCUGUGCCCCUGAUGGAUGUUCUGCGUUUCUUAGAAUGCUUUGUCCACAUGGAUACCACGAGACAGGCUACGUAUGGAUACUUGAAUGCCUCUUGAUGCUCAAUGAUUUCCAAGGACAGACAGUUGCCCAAAAAGUGUUGUUCGAGAUAAAACGUUUGCGGGAAUUUGAAUCGGCUGAUAUGACCCAUGUCUGCUGCAGGAGAGGGCAGAUGCCUUAUAAUCUCAUGGACGACGCAGAAGUCGAUGAGAUUAUCGAAGAGGAGAGUGAGUUUGUGACAAAUCUUGAGGAGACUAUGAGAAAUGCAUCUUUCAACCCGGACAACGAAUCACUCGAAGAGGGCUGGCUAAGUUUGAUCGGCGACUUUUGUACCCCUUAUCAGGCCGUCAAGUUCGAAAAGAUUUGGCAGUCGUGGGAUCCAACUACCGGUGAAUUCUCUGAACGAGCUUCAUUCAAUACCAAUUUGAUAAGCCCAUACAACACUACAUCGCUGAACAAUGUUCGAAUCGAAGAAGAGGAAGACAAGUAUUGGUUAUUGAUGGAUAAUCCUAAUUUUGAUGGGAUAAGCAUGAGUUCGGCCUACUCCAUGUGGGUGGAAUGGAUUUACCAAAAUCCAGACAAAUACCACUAUCCCCUUCCAGUGGACAAGAAUUGGUAUGAGAAAAGGAAGCAUUGGGCGACUCGACAGGCUAAGGUUCUCGAAGGGCUAUCUUGA